UUCCACUUAAAGAGUUGAUACAAUGGCGUUGGUAUUGGUUGCUAAAAAAGGUACUACUUCGCCUAUAUGGCAUUUUUUUGGAUUUAGACCUGAUGAGAGAGGGCAGCCAAGGGACCUGACUGAAGCUGUGUGCAAGAUCUGCUCAUGUGUCAUCCGCGCAAAAGAUGGGCAGACGACCAAUCUUCAUGACCACUUGCGUGUUCGCCAUCCAGCAGAAUAUGCCACUUUGCCUGCACGUGCUGGACCUAGCAAAAAAGCUAGCCAGGGUCAGCAGACGAUAACUGGGGCUUUUGCAAAAGGCACUAAAUAUAAAACCGACAGUGACAGAUGGAGGCAGUUGACAGAUGCGGUAACUCGCUUCCUGGCCAAAGAAAUGGUUUCGUUCAAUACAGUAGAGAAGCCGUCCUUCAAGGCCAUGCUGCAUACCUUUGAUAAACAGUAUGAGCUGCCAGGUCGGAAAUAUUUCUCAAAGACGGCUAUCCCAAACCUUUUCAACGAGGUUAGAAGUAACAUCAUGAAAGAGCUGGGUGAUGUAGAAUAUUUGGCCCUGACAACGGACAUGUGGUCCAGCUGUAAUAUGAUGCCCUACAUGUCAGUGACAGCGCAUUAUAUAAAUAAAGAGUGGACACUGCAGUCCAAAUGCUUACAAACUUGUUUCAUGCCCGAGAGCCAUACAGCAGAUAAUUUGGAAGAAGCACUGCGCGAGGCAAUAAAUGACUGGAAACUACAAGAGAAACAAAUUGCCUGUAUAACUACCGACAAUGGGGCGAAUAUUGUUGCAGCCAUCCGGCAGUUGAAAUGGCCAUGGUUAAGUUGCUUUGGGCACAACUUGAACCUGGCCAUAAACAACUCGCUUGCGCAACAGAGGGCCAGCACAGACCGAGCUUUCGGGGUUUGCCGGGCAGUCAACACUGCGUUUUCGCACAGCUGGCUAAGGCGACGUGAACUGCAGAAAGCACAAGUGGAAAUGAAACUCCCUGAGCACUCACUGAUCACGGACUGUGCAACACGAUGGGGCUCAAAACAGCAAAUGGUGGAGAGAAUUCUGGAGCAGGAGCAAGCCAUCAAACGUGUGUUUGCCCAAGACAAAAGCCGCCGCCCACUCCCCCAGCUGACAUGGCAAGACAUGACUGUUCUGGAAUCUGUGAACAACGCGCUGAAGCCAGUAGCGGACUUCACGGACAUUCUCUCUGGAGAAAAUUACGUAACGGUGUCCUCACUGCUGCCCAUGUUGGCCCAUUUAGAAGGUGUGCUGGAGGAGUCAGUUGAUGAUUCCAAACUGACAGCCGACCUGAAGCGUGUCAUCCUGGAGCAGAUGGAAGGCAGAUAUGGUGAUGACACCAUCCAGAGGAUGAUGCGUAAAGCAACGCUGCUUGACCCAAGGUACCGAGGGGACCAUAUGAAACCUCCAGAACUUCAUUCUACAAAAUCUGAAAUAAUGGAAGAGACUGUGAGAGAGAUUGAUCUGUCGCUGCCAAGGCCAACACCAGGUCCCUCACAUGCUGGAGAAGAUGUAGAGGAACCAGAUGCCGGCGUCGCCACCGUGCCUAAGAAAAAAAAGUGGUCUUUAGGCAGCCUUCUUGCGAAGAGAGCAGCCACAGCAGCUGCAGCCAAGCUCACUGAUGAGCAAAAGGUCGAGUCAGAAAUGACCAUUUACCUGCAGGAAAUGGCCAUCGAUGGGGAAGAGGACCCACUGACUUGGUGGAAAACGAACGAAAAAAGGUUUCCGUUCAUGGCCAGAUUAGCACGGAAAUAUCUGUGCAUAUGUGCUACCAGUACUCCUUCAGAGCGGGUCUUCAGCACAGCGGGGAGUGUAGUUACUCCAAUUCGCAGCUUAUUGAAACCAGACAAAGUGAACAUGUUGGUAUUUCUGGCCAGAAACAUCGAAAUUUAAACAUGGUAUAUGUAUGUAAAUCCCGCGUUUCGGUCUGAUUGUCGUUCCCGUUUUCUUGUUCUUUGUUGUUCUUCUGUGUUUUAAUAAAUUUUUGUUAUCUGAAUUACCUUCAUUCUUUCGUUUGAUUUGACAUCAUGGCCAAGGAAAAUUGUCUUUAAAGGUAUUUAUUAACCAGACAAAAGUUAAUUGACGUUCGCUGAAUUCUGUGUUUAAACUGCCGCUUCAGUGCAGUAAAGCCACACAUCUAUGUAACAAUGAGCACGAUCUCCCGAGAACACUACAAUAGGAUACUUAUAAUUCAUUAAUAAGGCCUGUUUUCUUGUACAAAAUACAAAUUUAAAAUAAAUGUACGGUGUUUAACAUGCAAAAAAAGACAAGAUUCUAACAAUGUCAAGAUCAAAUGCCUCACAUUUUCACAUACUAACACACGUCACGUCUAUGGCAUAGACUACAGUGAGUAUUUAAAAUAGCAUAUAUGCAUUAGUAAUAUUCUCAAUUUAAUUUACAGAGCAAUUCCAGCAAAGAUUUUAGAUUAACUAUAGUCUAUAGAUGAAACUAGGAUUAGUGUGUGUAUUUUUUACAGUCUAUGGUGUCGACUCGCAGCGGGGCGGGGGUGGGGGCGUGGCAUCACGAUGGUGUCUCUCCAUCGUGAUGUCAGUCAGCCAUCACGAUGGACGAUGAUAUCGUCCAUCGGCACAACCCUAU